GGCAGACGAACAUAGCUAUCUCUUCCCAAACUUCUGAAUCCUGUGAAUUGGCUUCAGCGCGCUGUGUUUUGCACUGCGGUUGAAACAAGCUGCUGAGAGAGUUGAAACAUAAACUGUUCCACUGCCUGAAGAUGGACAGAGCAACCGAGUUUCUGCUAUCGCAUUCCGAGAGUUUUUGAGAAGAGUGAAGGCCGUUCUCGUGGGAUGUCAGGCCGACAGCUGCCCUCCUGCUUUGAGGGGCGGCCACAGUCCUUCUGCCCUUUCUCCUCACCACAGUGUGAGCCUGGGGCCAGGGCGUACCGCAGGCUGCUUCCAGUCGAACAGUGGCCCGUUCCCUUGUCAUGUCGACCCACAUGGAAUACAGCUCCUACCCGAGAGAUGGUGCCACCAUGGAUAGCCUGGAGAGGCAGCUGAUCUGUCCCAUUUGCUUGGAGAUGUUCACCAAGCCAGUGGUCAUCCUACCUUGUCAGCACAAUCUCUGCAGGAAAUGUGCCAAUGACAUCUUCCAGUCUCGAGGAACGACCUUAGGAUCUGCAGGGAGGUUUCGCUGCCCAUCCUGCCGCCAUGAAGUGGUCCUGGACAGACAUGGCAUUUAUGGGCUGCAACGGAAUCUGUUGGUGGAGAACAUCAUAGAUGUUUACAAACAAGCAUCAGCGAGGGGGCCAGAGAGACCUCUGCUAAAAAGUGAACACCCAACCUGUGAAGAACAUGAGGAAGAGAAGAUCAACAUCUACUGCGUGACGUGUUCCGUCCCCACCUGCUCCCUCUGCAAAGUCUUUGGGGAGCACAAGGAGUGUGAAGUGGCCCCCCUCUCGGACAUCUACACGAAGCAGAAGGCGGAGCUGACCGAUGGGAUUGGUGGCCUCGUGGCUGCAAAUGACAGGAUCCAGGCCUACAUUGGAGACUUGCAAGGCACAAGCAGGAAUAUCGAGAACAACUGCAAAGCUCAGAAGCAGGCCCUGGGAGAGAAAUUUGAUCGCAUGUGCGCCAUUUUGGAGGAGCGGCGAAAGAUCAUGUUGCAGAGGGUCACGUAUGAACAAGAGAAUAAAAUCCAACACUUGAAAUCCCUGAGCAAAGCAUGCAGCGACCACAUCGAAGCAUCUUCCAAGCUGGUAGACACAGCCUUGCAAUCCAUGGAGGAGCCUCAGAUGGCGGUUUUCGUGCAGAACGCCAAAGUUCUCAUCCAGAAGAUCACUGAGAUGACUCAGAACUGCAAGCCAGAGGCCCUGGAGCCGGGCUAUGACAACAUGGAGCACUACACGGUCGAUUUCAAUGCCGAGGAGCGGAUCCUAUACCAGCUGGAUUUCAUCAAAAUUGAAGAGCCUGAGCCGACAGCAGAGGAUGAUGGGGCCAGCGGAGAGGCUGAAGACCCUUUGGCAGAGAGUGGGGCAGCUGGUGGGGAUGGCAGAGAAGAUGCCGAGGACUUCAUGGCCUUUGGAAACGAAGAGCAGGCUCACGAAAGUGUGCUCCUGGCCACAGAAACCCUGAGCCGGGCUGCUAGUGGGGUUAUGGUGACAACUCCGGGCCUCACUCCUUCGGGAACAGAAGGCAACAACACGUGGGGUGCCCAGCAGGGUCAGUUGGAUGGAGAUGUCCACACCACCAGCUCCAGCCCACCAGCCACUCUGCUGGACAGCGCCCUGCUGAGCAACGUGUCCGUCCAAGGAAUGGGGCAGCCCAAAGUGGAGGGGGCCACUGGCGAAGGCUUCAGCACCAUGGACAGCUCAGCCGACCCUGAGGAAGGCGAAGGCCAAGGGAGUAGCAGGGAAUCGGACGGCGGGCCUUCCACCUUUCUGCUGAAUGGAAUGGUUUCAGCCACCAGCCAGGCUCCUUCGUCCAGCCCUACUGGUGGCACGUGGAGGCAAGAGGACAUUGUUCAACCCCUGCUUAGCAGCUGCUUUAACCCGACUCUUUGGCUGCAUGAUUAACGAGGCCCGGUGGGGAAGGGAGAGGACGGAACCUGCUUAUUUCACCCUGUGUUUGACCCUCUUCAUCCUUUCUGCCAUCUGGCCCAUAAAUCGUUGAUGGAGUUUGGAAGGAAGACCACCAGUUCUGAUUUUUCUCCGGCAACAAGAAAGCUGUCCACCUUUAGAGUCUCUGAGUUCCGAAUCACAUAAUCUGGACCCACAGCAUCAAAAGAGAGGAAGGCACUGAAGGCAUGGAGCCAAGGAAGUGGUUGCAAAACUGGAAGAAGGCAUAUGCUAUGGAGGAAGGUUGCCUGUCGAGAAGGAGUUACAUGCUAAGCUCCUCAGCGCUGAUAAUCAUGGGAAUGUCUGUUCCUUGCAGGAGAGUGGCUCUUACCAGAGCUUAACGAUUUUGCUUUUGUGGGGCAGUGCUCUCAGAAAAGACCCAUAGUUGGAAGAGACCCAAGAGUCAUGGCAUCCAAUCCACUGCCAAAGCAGGAAUCGUCAUCCUCAUCAUUUGCCGUCAAGUCAAUUCUGACCAGCCAUCA